UUAAGAAUUGUAUGGCUGAGUGAAGAAGUUGUUCCUGAAUCACUGUGUGUGUGCCUUCAGGUUUCUGUACCUCCUUCCUGAUGGUAACAAUGAGAAGAGGGCAAGCCCUGGGUGGUGCAGGUCCUUAAUGCAGUUGCCUUUCUGAGGCAUGGCUCUUAAAGUUGUCUUGGAUACUACGGAGGCUAGUACCCAAGAUGAAGCUGACUAAUUUUACAACUUUCUGUAGCUUCUUUCAGCCCAGUGCAGUAGCCCCCCCCCCCACCCCCAUACUAUACGGUGAUGCGGCCAGUCAGAAUGCUCUCCAUGGCUGAAAUCCUAGAUGAAGACAAGAGAAUGAUCAGUGUUGUGGAUUAUUAUUUUGUUGAGGAGGAUGGAAGCAGAUUUAAGGUUGCUCUGCCUUUCCAACCUUACUUCUAUGUUGCCACGAAAAAGGGCUGUGAGCGAGAGGUUUCGUCAUUCUUGUCUAAGAAAUUUCAGGGCAAAAUAAGUAAAAUAACAACUGUUCCAAAAGAGGAUUUGGAUUUGCCUAACCAUCUAGUUGGCUUGAAGAGACUCUACAUUAAGCUUGCCUUUAACACAGUUGAUGAACUAAUGAAAGUUCGGAAAGAAAUUUUUCCAGCAGUGAGGAAAAACAAAGAGAAGGAGAAAUCAAAUGAUGCCUACACGGUUAUGUUAGCAAGUGCCUUGGCUGGAGGAAAUGUGACAGAAGAGGAAGAAACAUCAAAAAAAAUUUCUGAUCAGAUGGAAAACAUUAUUGACAUUCGAGAAUAUGAUGUACCUUAUCAUGUCCGGGUAUCCAUUGAUCUGAAGAUUCAGGUGGCACAUUGGUAUAACAUUCAAAUACGUGGUGGUAUUUAUCCUCCUGAGAUUGUGCGUAGAGAUGACUUGGUUGAACGCCCAGAUCCCAUUGUUUUGGCUUUUGAUAUUGAAACCACAAAACUACCAUUAAAAUUUCCAGAUGCUGAAAAUGAUCAGAUUAUGAUGAUUUCAUAUAUGAUUGAUGGACAGGGUUAUUUGAUUACAAACAGGGAAAUUGUAUCUGAAGACAUAGAGGAUUUUGAGUUCACACCAAAGCCAGAAUAUGAGGGUCCUUUUUGUGUGUUUAAUGAGCCAGAUGAGGCGAGCUUAAUCCGGAGAUGGUUUGAGCACAUCCAAGAAACUAAGCCUAACAUAUUUGUAACUUAUAAUGGAGACUCUUUUGAUUGGCCAUUUGUGGAGACACGAGCAGCGGUGCAUGGUUUCAACAUGUACAGAGAGAUUGGCUUUCAGAAAGACAGUCAGGGAGAGUUCAAAGCCAGUCAGAGCAUUCACAUGGACUGCUACAGAUGGGUGAAACGAGACAGUUACCUGCCUGUGGGUAGUCAGAACUUGAAAGCUGCAGCCAAAGCCAAACUGGGCUAUGACCCUGUGGAACUGGAUCCUGAAGAAAUGUGUCGAAUGGCCACUGAAGAACCACAGACGUUAGCUACUUACUCAGUGUCUGAUGCUGUGUCUACUUAUUACAUGUACAUGAAGUAUGUACAUCCCUUCAUUUUUGCCUUGUGUACAAUCAUUCCAAUGGAACCCGAUGAGGUGUUAAGAAAGGGGUCUGGAACACUUUGUGAGGCCCUCCUGAUGGUCCAGGCUUUUCAUGCCAACAUCAUCUUCCCAAACAAGCAGGAACAGGUCUUUAAUAAGCUGACAAGUGAUGGUCACGUGCUUGACUCGGAGACGUAUGUAGGAGGACACGUUGAGGCUUUGGAAUCAGGAGUUUUUCGCAGUGACAUACCGUGCCGAUUUAAAAUGAACCCAGCAGCGUUUGACUUUUUGCUGCAGAGAGUGGAGCGCACAAUGCAACAUGCCAUUGAGGAGGAGGAGAAGCUCCCAAUGGAGCAGGUUAUCAAUUUCCAAGAGGUAUGUGAAGAAAUAAAACAGAAACUGAACUGUUUGAAAGAAGUUCCCAACAGAAUUGAAUGUCCUCUCAUUUACCAUUUGGAUGUUGGAGCGAUGUAUCCAAACAUCAUUCUGACCAACCGCUUACAGCCAUCUGCCAUGGUGGAUGAAAUUACCUGUGCAGCCUGUGAUUUUAACAAACCUGGUGCAAACUGCCAGCGCAAAAUGACAUGGACUUGGAGAGGAGAAUUCAUGCCUGCCUCACGCAGUGAGUACCAUCGCAUUCAACAGCAGCUUGAAUCUGAGAAGUUUCCUCCUGCUUUUCCAAAUGGCCAACCACAAGCUUUUCAUGAGCUGUCUCGUGAAGAACAGGCAAAGUAUGAAAAGAAGAGAUUGGCAGACUAUUGUCGCAAAGCUUACAAGAAAAUUCAUAUCACUAGAACAGAGGAACGAGUAACCACAAUUUGCCAGCGUGAAAAUUCCUUUUAUGUAGAUACAGUGCGAGCUUUCCGUGACAGGCGGUAUGAAUUUAAGGGCUCACAUAAGGUGUGGAAAAAGAAAUUGUCUGCUGCUAUUGAGUCUGGAGAUGCUACAGAGAUCAAACGUUGUAAGAACAUGGAGAUUCUGUACGAGUCCCUGCAGCUGGCACACAAAUGUAUUCUAAACUCCUUCUAUGGUUAUGUCAUGCGCAAAGGGGCUCGUUGGUAUUCCAUGGAAAUGGCUGGGAUUGUCUGUCACACUGGUGCCAAUAUUAUCAUGCAGGCAAGAGAACUGAUAGAGCAGAUUGGGCGACCCUUGGAGUUGGACACUGAUGGUAUUUGGUGUGUCCUUCCUAAUUCUUUCCCGGAAAACUUUGUCAUCAAGUCGAACAAUCCUAAAAAGCCCAAAGUGACAAUCUCUUAUCCUGGUGCCAUGUUAAAUAUCCUGGUGAAGGAGCGAUUCACCAAUGAACAAUACCAAGAGCUGAUGGACCCUGCAACACUGACCUAUGAAACGCGCUCAGAAAACAGCAUUUUCUUUGAAGUUGAUGGUCCAUAUCUAGCUAUGAUUCUGCCGGCUUCCAAAGAGGAAGGAAAAAAACUCAAGAAGAGAUAUGCAGUCUUUAAUGAGGAUGGCUCACUAGCUGAACUGAAAGGUUUUGAAGUGAAGCGUCGCGGAGAAUUGCAGCUCAUCAAGAUUUUUCAGUCUUCUGUGUUUGAGGCCUUUCUGAAAGGCACUACUUUGGAGGAAGUGUAUGCGUCAGUUGCCAAAGUAGCUGAUUACUGGCUGGAUGUACUCUAUAGCAAGGCAGCAAACAUGCCUGACACAGAGUUAUUUGAACUGAUCUCUGAGAAUCGAUCAAUGUCUCGUAAGUUGGAAGAUUAUGGGGAGCAAAAGUCCACCUCAAUCAGUACUGCCAAACGGCUUGCAGAAUUUCUUGGGGAUCAAAUGGUGAAAGACGCAGGACUGAGUUGUCGUUUUGUCAUCUCCAAGAAACCAGAAGGAUCCCCAGUGACAGAAAGGGCAAUUCCACUGGCCAUCUUUCAGGCAGAGCCAAGUGUUAGAAAGCACUAUCUGAGGAAGUGGUUGAAGAGUCCUUCAUUGCAGGACCUCGAUAUACGAUUAAUUCUUGACUGGGAUUAUUACAUUGAACGUCUUGGCAACGCUAUUCAGAAGAUUAUCACCAUCCCUGCAGCCCUUCAGCAGGUGAAGAAUCCUGUUCCACGGGUACGGCAUCCUGAUUGGCUUCAUAAGAAAUUGUUGGAAAAAAAUGAUGUUUACAAACAAAAGAAGAUCAAUGAGCUCUUCACAAACACUGGAGUCAGGCAGGUGACAUCCAAUCUAUGUGGGACAAGCAGUCAGCAUUCAGAGAUUCAAGAUCUGGAAGAUUUAGGAAAUGCAAAGCAAGGACCACAGCCGGUUAUCCCCAUCAGUACCAAAAGAAGGCGUGGUGGGAAUGAAGAGAGCCAAGAAGGAUCCCAAGAUCUGGAAUUAACACAGUCUUGGAGAGAGAUAUUGGGACCGCCACCACCACUAGGAGAGACGAAGAAUGAGCGGUUAGUGUGGUUAAGGUACCAGAAGAAAAAAUGGGAACUCCAGGCAAAACAGAGAAAAGCACGCAGGAAGAGAAGGAAGCUGGAUGAUGGUGUGGUUGCACCAGGGAGACCCAUUCGGGAUGGCCCAGCAAACAGCCUCAGUAGCUUUCUACGUCGGACUGCCCGCACCAUUCUAGAUAUGCCAUGGCAGAUUGUACAGAUUGCAGAAACGAGUCAGCCGGGUCUCUUCAAACUAUGGGCUGUUGUUGGUAGUGAUUUGCAUUGCAUUAAACUCAACAUCCCACGAGUUUUUUAUGUAAAUCAACGAAUUCCUAAAACGGAGGAUGGUGCUGUCUACAAAAAAGUCAAUCGAAUCCUUCCCCGUUCCAACAUUAUUUACAAUCUUUAUGAAUAUUCCGUGCCAGAGGACAUGUACCAGGCGCACAUCAAUGAGAUCAACGCAGACCUCUCUGCUCCAGAUAUUGAAGGAGUCUAUGAAACACAGGUUCCUCUUCUCUUUCGUGCUCUCGUCCAGCUUGGGUGUGUUUGCGUGGUCAAUAGGCAAUUAUCAUUCCAUCUAGCAGGACGAGAAACGGAUAACUUUGAUUUGGAGCAUCUGGAAAUGUGUUCAUUAGCACAGUUUAGUUACCUGGAACCAGGUAGUGUUCGGCACAUUUAUUUCUAUCACAAUGCUCAGGGGAAUAAGGCUCUCUUUGGUCUAUUCAUACCUUCUCAAAGGAAAGCUUCUGUAUUUGUUCUCGACACCGUACGUAGUAAUCAAAUGCCAAAUUUGAACAAUCUUUAUGCUGCUGAGAGGACUGCUAUGCUGGAGAAAUUGGAUGAAGAACUGCUGCCACCUGAUAAACACACGUUUGAAGUUCGAGCAGAAAAGGAUUCAAAGCAAGUCUACAGAGCAAUUCAGCGGCUUAUCCUGAGCUACAAGGAUGAAAGAAGAGGUCCAACUCUCAUAGCUGUCCAGUCAAAGUGGGACCUGAAGAGGCUGACGAAUGGAAUGCCAAUUCUGGAUGAUUUCCCAUUAGUGCCAGUUAAUGUGAUUGAUGACAUUAGCUAUGGAGUAUUAGAUUGGCAGCGUCAUGGUGUCCGUAGAAUGAUUAAACACUACCUCAGUCUGGAUAGCAUUUUGUCUAAGGCAUUUGAAAUGGCCAGAUACUACCACAUACCCAUUGGAAAUCUCCCAGAUGACAUCUCCACUUUUGGAUCAGACCUUUUCUUUUCCAGACAUCUUCGACGACACAACCAUCUGUUGUGGCUUUCCCCAACAUCUCGGCCUGAUUUAGGAGGGAAAGAGGCAGAUGAUAAUCGUCUGGUGAUGGAAUUUGAUGAAAGGUCAACAGUUGAGAUCAAUAAUCCGGGGCGUUACUCCACAGCUUCUGUUGAACUGGAUAUUCAGAACCUGGCUGUGAAUACGAUCUUGCAGUCCCAUCACAUCAAUGAUAUGGAGGGAGCAUCCAGCUUGGGUGUCAGCUUUGAUGUUAUCCAGCAAGCUUCGCUUGAAGAUAUGAUGGCUGGUAACCAAGCAGCUAAUGCGUUGGCCAGUUACGAUGAGACAGCAUUGUGCUCACACACAUUCAGAAUUUUGAAGAGUAUGGUUGUAGGCUGGGUUAAGGAGAUCACCCACUAUCAGAAUAUGUAUGCUGAUAACCAAGUAAUGCACUUUUAUCGUUGGCUGCGUUCUCCCUCUUCACUGCUGUAUGACCCCGCGCUGCAUCGCACGCUUCAAAACAUGAUGAAGAAGCUGUUUCUGCAGCUGGUAGCAGAGUUCAAAAGAUUGGGUUCAUCUGUGAUCUAUGCCAAUUUCAACCGUAUAAUACUGUGCACCAAAAAGCGACGUAUUGAGGAUUCAAUAGGAUACGUGGAAUAUAUCACAAAAAGCAUUCAUUCCCGUGAGAUUUUUCAUUCCCUCUCCAUCUCAUUUUCUCGCUGCUGGGAGUUCAUGCUUUGGAUGGAUCCAGCCAAUUAUGGAGGUAUUAAGGGAAGAAUUCAUUUUGACAAUCUCAAUGGAGAGGCUGAGAGUAAUAAGGAAGCAGAGGGACUUGACGGUGAUGAAAACAGUGACAGUGAUAUUGAAGAGGUUCAUUCAGAGGACGAUGAAGGCAGUAGUGAUGUAGAAGACCUUUUGGAUAAUAACUGGAAUAUCAUGCAAUAUCUACCACAGGAUGCUUCGUGCCAGAGUUAUUUCCUCAUGAUUGUCUCAGCAUAUAUUGUAGCAGUGUACCACAGCAUGAAAGAAGAGCUGAGACGCAGUGCCCCAGGGUGCACUCCUAUCAAGCAGCGAGGAGUCAGCCAAAUCUCGCAAGAUCCGGCAGGAGAAACCGGUACUUCAGCAGGGUUGAUCACCUUCUCUCAGGAAUAUGUAUCUAAUGAGCUCACACAGAACUUCUUCACUAUUACCCAAAAGAUUCAGAAGAAGGUGAGCAGCAACAGGCACUCCACUGAAUCCUCUGAGAUGUUCCCAGUUCUGCCGGGCUCCUAUCUUCCAUUCAAUAAUCCAGCUCUGGAAUUCAUCAAAUCAGUCUGCAAGAUUUUGUCUCUGGAUUCAAACAUAACCAAUCAGGUUAACAAAUUGAAACGGGAUCUUUUGCGUCUAAUCGAUGUGGGGGAAUUCUCUGAAGAAGCACAGUUUAAGGACCCUUGCCGGUCCUACAUAGUGCCCGAGAUCAUCUGCAGGAAUUGUAACUUUUGCCGAGAUUUGGACCUCUGCAAAGACCCUUCCAUCUUGCAGCAGGAUGGCACAUUAUUACCCAAGUGGUGUUGCACUAACUGCCAGGGCACGUAUGACUCGGAUGCUAUAGAAAUGGCACUGGUUGAAGCACUGAAAAAGAAAAUGAUGGCCUAUACGCUUCAGGAUUUGGUUUGUUCGAAAUGUAAAGGUGUCAAAGAAGCUAACAUGCCUAUCUACUGUCCUUGUGCCCGGGACUUUGAUUUGACUAUUUCUAUGAUGGGAUUUAUGGAGCAAAUCCAGGUAUUUAGGAACAUUGCAAGACAUUACAACAUGCCCUUCCUGAUGGAGACUGUUGAUUGGAUGUUUAAGAUGAAUAUACACUUGAAGUCCUGAAGACAGAAGAAUUAAUAAGAUAGAAGGCUGGCAUGUAACAAAAUGAUGGGCAUCACAGCUUGUAGUCCAUUGAAGCAUUGUUAAAUGUUUUUUUUUCUCGGCAACUAAUGCACUAUCCCAGCUCCGUGACAGCAGCUGACUUGCUGAACAAUCCAAGGAAAACAAUUUCUUCCUAUAGGGAAGUUUCUAACAGUGCCACAAAAAGGUUAGCUGAAACCAUUUUUUUUUGAAAGACACAAUUGCAUCCUGGUGCACCCUUUUGAUACUAAUAAAUUAAAAUUUACUUUGUUCUAUAACUUACAUUUCAUAUUCAUAUCUGUGGAUGUAAGCUACACGUCCAAAAAGGAACUACUAUCUAGUAUUGCGCAAUGUUUGAAAGGGUUUAAGUUUCAUAAACUUCUCCAGUUAAGAUAAUCAAUUUAUGAAGCUUGUCUCAAACUGAAGAGGUCAACUCCUGGACUUUGUCCCUGCUAUACGUUUAAUUGACAAAGUGUGUAAAAUUUUGUGCGAUUAUCAGCUUAUAAACCUCGCACAAAUUUCAUCAAGUUUUGAACAACAUUCAUAAAAGGUGUUUCUUUUUCCAAAAUGUUUAACACAGGUUUGUAAAAACACAAUCAAGGAACAGUCGUGCAUCGUGAGCAGGAAAUGAAAGAGACAUUUCCAAAUAGUGUAGACUAUAAUUGCUUGAAAAGUAAGUGUUCUAUGCUAGCUGUAAGUACUGUACAUAUUUAGUGUCAAUCCUUUAGUAAUUUUAUAACAGAAGCUGAAAGAAAACUGUUGAAAAUUGAUUUAAAUAUACUUAUCAGCUAAACUCCUGAGAGUCAGCAGCAUUUGUGGAAGUAUCUGAUAUCCUAAUUUGUGAUCUUGUAUAUUUUUGAAAUGCACAAUGUAUUAUAGAACUUGCUCUGUAAUUCACAAAUGUAUUUUUCAUGACUAAGCUGCAAAAUAAGUUCCUUUUAUCCUUUUAAUAAUUCUCAGUUUCACUUUUUUGACUUGAAAUACAAUGGACUUAGCAUUUAUUUCUAAAGGAAUAAUAAAACUAAGUACUAAAUUAUCCAUGUAGGCAUUGUGAAUAAAGAGUAUACACU